CCAAUCUUCCGGUUUGACUGUGAAGGCGCCGCUGCUAACAGGAGUUAGCCUGUGCAGAAGUAGCUAGCUGAGCUCUUUUCUGGCUCUAUAUGAAUAUUAAUAACCUUUAUAAUCAUGUCCUUUAAAAGAGAAGGGGACGACAAGAGUCAGUUAAACAUUCUGAAGAAGCGACGUGUCGAGGAUCUUCUGUCUCACUUCAUUCCAGAGGACGAAGCGGUUCUGAUGAGAAACGGAAGAUAUUCCUGCAUCGUGUGUUCGUAUCGUCCCGUGUUCGAUACCGUGGACAUGUUGACGGUUCACAGAAACGGGAGAAAGCAUCUGGAAGGAUUACAAUUGUUCUAUGGCAAAAAAACACGGCUGAAGAAUGAGAUAAUAAAGAGGCAACAAGAAACCUCCGUCCAGGCUGAAGACGCAGGACAGGAACCAUCCAGCUCAGCCCCAUUACUGGAACAAACACGAAAGCUCACAUAUCACGCUCUGUUGAAAACUGUCCCGUACAACAGCUGCCAUCGAAAAACCAGCACAAAAUCUGAGAAAGAACCAGCGAGCAUCAUCUCAGACGUCAGUGGAAACGCAGAGAACACAAGUGAAGCUUCUGACUCUGCUGCGUCGAGAAGCUGCAGUGGCUCCACGGCAGACAAUAAAGAGUUAAAUCCAUCACAUGAUGUGGAGGUGUCUCAGCCAAUCACAGCCGAGAGGAGGAGAGAGCUGGAGCACUACCUCAAACUGAAAAGUGACGGGUGGAAACAGGACCGGAGCGGCCGGUGGAUCAGAGACGAGGACGUGGAGUUUGACUCGGACGAGGAGGAGCCUCCGUCCCUCGUCCACUCAGAGGACUGAGGACACAGAUGUACUUGGAACGUCCUGAAGCCGCGGUGCUGAAUGAAAUAACUGAGCUUCCACGUGCAGAGACUCCAGCCGCUCAUUGAAUCACAUGAUUUCCUUCUGGCUCCACAGAGACGGUUUCAUCUGGGCUCCCACUCACCAGCAGUGAUAGAAAACUUCUAGUUUCCAUCAGCUGCAACUCGUGAUUCUUUUAUUCUGCUAAAAAACAAAUCGAACGAUUUAAUGAGAAGCAUCAUCUCCUCACAGUCGGCUGAUUCUGUACGUCACAGCAUUUGAUUUACAGAAUUAGAAACAGAAUGUGAGAAACAUUUCAUCCACUGUGCUGAAAAUGUUUUGAUUUGGUGCAACAGGAAACAUCGAGCAACUUAAAGACAUGAAGAUUAUAAUAAAAAUAGAAUCAGUGUCUAAUCCAAAACACUCUGAAAAACAGAGGAUUCUACAAGAUGUUUUUAUAUUGUUUUAACCAUUAUGUCUUUUAGUUAGGAUCAAUACUAUUAUUUUUUCCAGUUGAAACACUUAAUCGUCGACAUUAUAAACCAACAUAGUAAAAAUGUAAUUUGUGAUUUAAUUUUCACUGUUGUAAUCAUUCAAGAUUGUUAUUUUAAUGUUGAGGAUAAAAUACUGUUUAUCUCAGGGAUCUUCAUAGGGUGGUCCAUGCCCCCUAGUGGCCCUUACAGGUACUGCAGUGGGCUGUGAAAUGUUAUGUUUGUGUAAAAUAUUCAGUUAGCAGAAGUACAUUUAUUAAAAACAAGUUACACAA